AUGGCAAAAGAUACUUAUCUUAAGAAGAUAUUAGGUGAUGAGAGUUUUAACAAGAUCAGAACUACCAAAGUUUUAAUGGUUGGAGCAGGGGGGAUUGGGUGUGAAUUAUUAAAAGAUUUAGUAUUAACAGGUUUUGGAGAAAUUCAUAUAAUUGAUUUAGAUACAAUAACAUUAUCAAAUUUAAAUCGUCAAUUUUUAUUUCGUAAAACAGAUAUUGAUAAAUCAAAGUCAUUGACUGUAAAAAAGGCAGUUCAAUCAUUUAAUUAUUUGGGAUCAAAUUUAAUUUCACAUCAUGGUAAUAUUAUGGAUAAAUCACAAUUUCCCUUGGAAUGGUGGGAACAAUUUAGUUGUAUUUAUAAUGCUUUGGAUAAUAUUGAAGCAAGAAAAUAUGUAAAUAAAAUGUGUUUAUUCUUGAGAAAACCAUUAAUGGAAUGUGGUACAGAAGGGUUUCAAGGUCAUGUAAAUCCAAUAAUUCCUUAUAAUAGUUCAUGUUUCGAUUGUGAACAACAUGUUGCUCCAAAAACUUAUCCCGUGUGUACAAUUAGAUCAACUCCAUCAUUACCAGUUCAUUGUAUAACUUGGGCGAAGGAAUUUUUAUUUCAUCAAUUAUUUGACGAGAGUGAAGGUGAUGAUUCUAAUAAUUUAAAUGAUGCUGAUACUAUUGCAAAUGAAACUGAUAAUAAUGAAGAAAUUGAAAAUUUAGCAAAAGAAGCAAAUGAAUUAAUUGAAUUAAGAGAUAAAAUAAGAAAUUCAAAUGAUUUUAUUGAAAGUUUAAUUGAUAAAAUUUUCAAAGUUGAUAUUGAAAGAUUAUUAUUGAUUGAAACAUUAUGGGCAACAAGAGAAAAACCAACACCAUUGGAAUUUGCAAAAUAUGAGAAUGAUUUACGUAAUUUGUUAAAUGAUGAAUCAAAUGAAUCUAUACUACUGAAAGAUCAAAAGAAAUGGUCAAUACUAGAAAAUUUAUAUGCCUUGUAUAAAUCAAGUGCUAGACUACAACACAGACUCAAAAAUGGUGAACCAUUUGUUGCAUUUGACAAGGAUGAUGAAGAUACAUUGGUGUUUGUUGCAGCAGCAUCAAAUUUAAGAUCAUACAUUUUCAAUAUAGAAACAAAAUCGAAAUUUGACAUCAAAGAAAUUGCAGGAAAUAUUAUACCUGCUAUUGCUACAACUAAUGCUAUAAUUUCAGGGUUUUCAGCUGUUGCAGGAUUAAGUGUACAGCAAUUAAAUUAUGACCUCAAAAAAAUUGCUGAAGCUUCAAGUUUAAUGCAUACAUGUUUAAAACCAAAACAAUAUAUUACUCAUGCUCCAGUUGAUGCACCAAAUCCAAAUUGUGCUGCUUGUUCUUUGGUAUCUAGAGGAAUUUUCAAUCUUAACAUUCAAGAUUAUGAGAAAUUGACAUUAAGUUGGCUCAUAAACCAAUUAGUUGAAAAAUAUGAUUAUUCGGAAGAUGACAUUUCAAUUCAAAUAGGUCAAUCAAAAUUAAUUUAUGAUGUAGAUUUUGAUGAUUACCUAGAGACUCCAUUGUCAAAAGUUCCAGGAGUUAAACCAACAGAGAUUAUAUUAAUUCAAGAUGAUUCAGAUCAAGUAGAAAAUCUUGAAUUAUAUUUAAACAUUGGGGAUUGUGAAACAGAAUUACCAAAUAUAAAAUUAAGACAGAAACGAAAUCCAAAUGAAAAAGUUGAAUUUUCAGACGAUGAUGAUACUUUAGGAUUGGAAGAUGGUUUGGAAAUUAUUGAAGGUGAAUUAGAACCAGAACAUAUCUCAGAUGUUGAAAUUAUUGAAGAACCAGAAGUAGGUGAAGGACCAGCUACAAAGAAAAGAAAACUUAAUGUAUAA